CCUCUCAAAGUUUUCUAGUUGUUUAUCGACUGCCAUUAUACUUAUCCGUUUUUAUAGUUCGCCUCAGUAAUAGAUAUUAAAAAGGAGUAUAUUUUAGAAUGGAAAGUCGAGUAAUUGUGGGCCAAAUUAUCCACUGCAUAAAUCUUAACACCUUAGCAGUGAUCGAUAACGGUUUUGUUAUCGUAGGACGUGACGGAAAGAUUAAAGCAAUUGGAAAUGUCUCCGAUUUGGAGUUAGUCAAAAAACAACUCAAUCUUACUGGAUAUGAAACAACUACAUUGAAAAAAACCCAAUUACUUCUUCCCGGUUUCAUAGACACUCAUAUUCACGCACCACAGUAUCCUAAUGCAGGAUUAGGGUACGAUAAGCCUCUACUUGAAUGGCUAGACACCUACACUUACAAGUUAGAAAAACAGUACAAAGAUUUGGAACUUAGCAAAAAAGUUUAUGAUGCUGUUGUGAGAAAAACUUUAGACUACGGUACCACUACUGCAUGUUAUUUUGCUUCAUUAUAUGAUGAUAGCUCUUUGAUUUUGGCUAAUUCUGUGACCAAGUAUGGACAAAGAGCUUUUGUUGGAAAAGUGAAUAUGACUAAACUUGCACCUUCGGAUUAUAUUGAAACAGCACAAGAAUCGAUUGACAACACUUUGAAAUUUAUUAAAAAUGUUAGGGCUAUUGGUAACCCUUUAGUUCAACCGAUUAUUACUCCAAGAUUUGCAUUAAGUGUCGAUAUGGACCUCAUGAAAAAAUUAAGUGACAUUGCAAAGGAAUACAAUCUUAACAUUCAAUCACAUAUUUCUGAAAAUAAAGACGAGGUAAAAAUGGUACACGAAUCGUAUAAGGAUUCAUACGCCAGUGUUUAUCAUACUGCUAAGCUUUUAACAACAAAGACAGUUUUAGCUCACGGUAUUUAUUUGAGUGAAGAUGAAAUGAAACUACUUAAUAAAACCGGGACUUCAAUUUCCCAUUGUCCUGAAUCAAAUGUUUACUUAGGAUCGGGAAUUUGCAAUGUUAGAAAAUUAUGGGAGCUUGGGAUUAACGUUGCUUUGGGAACUGACGUAUCUGGAGGAGCAUCACCUUCAAUUAUAAAUGCCAUGAGAUCUGCUAUUAGUGCGUCUACAAAUCUUUCAUUUAUGAAAUCGGAAUACAAUAAAAAACUCACUUAUGUUGAUGCUUUUUAUAUGGCAACAUUAGGUGGAGCUAAAGCUUUGGCUUUAGAUAGCGAAAUCGGUAAUUUUGAAGUUACGAAAAGUUUUGAUGCGAUUAUCGUUGAUUUAAACGUCGAACAUGCUUCAGCGGAUUUAUUAUCUAAAUGUACUCCACAAGAAUUAUUACAAAAGUUGGUGUUUUUGGGCGACGACAGAAAUGUCAUAAAAGUCUUUGUUAAUGGAAAAAUUGUUAAAGAAACUAAAGAUAGUGCUCAAUGAACCCUGUAUUAUAAGAUGCUUUGUACAUAUGAUUUGUUGAACCUAACAUUUAUAACACAAUAUAGAAUUCUGCACAGUU